AUGUUUAAUCUCCGGGUCCUCUGCCAAGAUCAUCCCCAACGAACCAUUGCGUUAGUGACUACCGACCAUGUCCUUAUCUUCCACUACAACGCAACCGACACCGGGGCAAAGACCACCCCCCGCUGCCAGGUCGAAUUUUCGGACAUAUCAUCCGUGGAUCUUGGCAGCUACCGACCUCUGGGCGCUGGGUAUGGCACCCUGGGUCUGAUCACAUUGAACGAAGAUGUCUUCGUGUGUGUGGUUACCGGUGCUUCUCAGGCUGCGACUGUGAGACCCGGAGAAACCGUGUCUAGAAUCGAUAAUGUUGGUUUCUAUUGCCUCAAUCGCCCCGAGUAUGAAUACGGUCUGGAUUAUGAGACUGGUUCUCAAUUCGCUGCCGAGGAGCGCGCCGUUGGGGAAGGGAAGGAAGUAGUAACCGACCAUCCUUUUCUCGCCCUGAAAAAGUUACUCGGUGAUGGGAGCUUCUACUACAGUCUGGACUUCAACCUCACAGAUCGCUUGCAAAACCGAGCAGACAAAUCAGCGGCGUUCGAUAUCGACACUUUGGACGAGGACAUGCUAUGGAACUCAUACAUGAUCAACCCUCUUCUACUGUUCCGAAGUCAUCUACCACCUUCGGACAAGGCCAAGUUAGAUGCGUCACAACUGCUCACAUGUGUCAUUCGGGGAUAUUCCGGUACACUUAAGGUUCCCGCAACCAUUUCCAUUCUUCCUCAGGUGCGGACUAGUUUCCCCUCGCUGUUAACCAUCAUCUCGCGACAAUCUUCUCGGCGUGCUGGCACAAGAUUCAACUCCCGUGGUAUCGAUGACGAUGGCAACGUGGCCAACUUUGUAGAAACUGAAAUGAUCCUUUGGAUUGCACCGGGAAUUGCCUUCUCAUAUGCCCAAGUUCGAGGCUCUGUACCGAUCUUCUGGGAGCAAGCCCCUGGUCUCAUACCGGGACAGCAGAAGAUCGAGGUAACGCGGUCAGGCGAGGCUACCCAGCACGCGUUCAAUCAACACUUUGAGACUCUUGAACUGCGAUACGGGGCGGUACAUGUGGUCAACCUUCUCAGUCAGCUCAGAAGCGGGGAAGCUGAUCUUACGGCCAAGUUCCGUGAGCAUAUUUCUCGAAGCUCACUGAGGCAGAAAGAAGGUUCCCCAAUUCCCGGACGCCGUAGCCUGCUGCGUGUGACUGAGUAUGAUUUUCUUGCUGAGACUCGAGGACCGGCUGGAUAUGAAGCGAGUAACCAGAUAAAGCAUGAGCUAGCCGACUCUCUGGAUGGCUUUGCAUACUUCCUGUCGGAAGACGUGACUCGCUCCGCUACAUCUACCCCAGACAAAGAGGAUGUAGUAAACAAUCCUUCGGUCAUCAUGCAGCAGGAAGGAGUCUUUCGUACCAACUGCCUGGAUUGCCUGGACCGAACAAACCUCGUGCAGACCAUCAUCAGUUCAAUGGCAUUGGAAUCAUUUCUAUCGCAGCAGGGCGGAAGGUUGAGCUCGGACAUACAGAUGCGCCAUUCAACCCUCUGGGCCGAUAAUGGCGAUGCACUUUCCAAAAUCUAUGCAGGAACAGGCGCUCUUAAAUCUUCAUUUACGCGACAUGGGAAGAUGUCCCUUGCGGGUGCACUUGCAGAUGCCCGUAAAAGUGCAACUCGACUUUAUGUCAACAACUUCACCGACAAUGCACGUCAGAAAACAAUUGAUCUUCUCCUGGGGAGAUUGGCAAAUCAAAUUCCAGUCUAUCUCUUUGAUCCAAUGAAUGACCUGGUCACUGAGGAACUGAGUCGACGUGCUUCGGAAUAUUCAUCGACCAGACAUGUGCGGCUCUGGGUUGGUACCUUCAACGUCAACGGCCGUAAUGAAGGACCCGGUACUGAUCUUUCACCAUGGCUAUUCCCCGAGUCCGGUGAAGCUGACGAGGAUCCCACAAUUUAUGCCGUCGGUUUCCAGGAGAUUGUCGAUUUAAGUCCACAGCAAAUCAUGUCAACGGAUCCAAGCACGCGAAAGGUUUGGGAGAAAGCCGUUCAGCAAUGCUUAAAUCAGCGUGCCAGAAUGAAGGGAACAAGUAAAUACGUGAUGCUCAGAAGCGGGCAGCUCGUGGGUGCUGCUCUCAUCAUCUUCGUGAAGUUAGAUUCAUUGAAGGAGAUAAAGAAUGUGGAGGGCACGACAGGUCUUUCCGGAAUAGCUGGCAACAAGGGUGGCUGUGCCAUUCGAUUCGAUUUCUCCAACACGAGCAUUUGCUUUGUCACCGCCCAUCUGGCUGCCGGGUUUGCAAACUACGACGAACGAAACAGAGAUUACGAGACUAUUGACCGAGGCUUACGCUUCCAGAAGAAUCGGUCUAUCGCAGAUCACGACACUGUGAUCUGGCUCGGGGAUUUUAAUUACCGGAUUGGACUAGGAAAUCAAAUCGUGAGAGAUCUUGUCAUGCAACGUGACUAUCAAAAACUUUAUGAUAAUGACCAGGUCUGUUCGGAACUCUUAAAUCUACAAAUGAUUGCUGGAAGGGCUUUCCAGUUCUAUUCAGAGGGCCCUAUAAGAUUCGCCCCGACCUACAAAUACGACGUCGGCACAGAUAAUUAUGACACUUCUGACAAGAGCCGUAUUCCUGCGUGGUGUGAUCGGAUUCUAUGGAGAGGAGCGAAUGUUCGCCAAACCCAAUAUCAGACCGCCCAAUUGCGAGUUUCGGACCACCGCCCCGUCUGGUCAAUAUUUGACUGCGUGAUUGAUGUCGUCGAUGUUGGACUCAGAGAUAGACUGAGACGUCUGCUUUACAGAGAGAAACAGCAUGAUGCUCUCUCUAAUUCAGUCCACCUUCUGGACUUGGACGAGGAUGAUAGCGUGGCGCAACUUUCCAUUGCACCAGGAUUGCCGCCAGCUAGUUCGGAUCGAACGAGAUGGUGGUUGGAUCAAGGUGCCCCCUCGAAGGCUAUAGUGCGGCCGCCCUCAGAGGAGUUUGUCCCGAAUCCCAAGCGGAAGUCCAAUCCAUUCUCCUUGGACGCCCAACCUGACUGGAUACCAAAGUCGAGUUUGAUGGGACAUGGAACAGAUCCUCGCAAGGACAGGAAGCCCGCCUCCGAGUGCAAGCUCGACCAUGAGCAAAUCGCCCCCUAUCGUACCUCGGAAGCCACUUGCACUAACUUCCCGAGGAUGCCUCCAAAUCCGGUCUCAGGCCCAUCCCAGGGUACUUGGGCAGCAUCUCAGAGCCACACCUGGGCUACGGAUCUUCUGGGUGAUGGUGCAGAAGAACAGAUUGAGUGGAAGCCACUUCUACCUGAGCGAUGA